GGUGCGUUGUUAUUUAUUGGUUAUCUAUGAGAAAGAAAUAAAAUAUUUCUGUCAAGAGUGUCAAGGCCUAACGUUGAAAUGAAAUGACUAAUGUGAUGUCUGAAUUUUAGUUGACAAAUUGCAUAGUGCUGUUAUUAGUCUUUUGAAGUUAACAUAAUUGGACCUUAUAAUUAAAUAAUAACAUUUUUUAUUGAAUUUUCAUUUCAAAGAGUUUAAAUUUAUUCAUACAAUGUUUCAAAUUGAUACGAAUUAUGCUAAAUUAAAAACUAAUUUGAGGUUGGCUAUAGAAAGGUUAAAGUUGUUAGGUAAAAAGAAGACGGAAUUAGCUCAAAAGGCAAGAAAAGAAAUAGCAGAUUACAUUGCUGCUGGGAAAACUGAAAGGGCAAAGAUUAGGGUUGAGUAUAUUAUAAGAGAAGACUACAUGGUAGAAGCUCUUGAACUCCUAGAAAUGUAUUGUGACAUUCUUCUUUCCCGCUUUGGACUUAUCACCCAAAACAAAGGGAUAGAGCCCAGUCUAGCUGAAGCGAUAUCUAGCCUUUUGUGGGUGGCACCACAUCUUGCCAGCGAUGUGUCAGAGAUGAAGACCAUCAGUGAUCAGCUUACGAUAAAAUAUGGCAAGAAAUACACAGAGGCAUGCCGUCUGGAUGCUGUUGAAACCAUAUCAGAAAAGUUAAAACACAAAAUGAGUGUUCAAGCUCCGCCCAAGAUACUGGUAGAGAACUAUUUGAUUGAGAUAGCAAAGAUCUACAAUGUGCCUUAUACUCCUGAUCCUCAGGUAACAAUUAGAGAUAAGUGAUGAAAGGAAGCAGACCAAGCUAAGGGGGUGGAUGCUUUGCUGUUUGGAAAUGGUGAUAACAACCUUGGCGGUGACACUCUUGGCCCUCGUCCUCCUGGCUUCAAGGACUACCCCCCUCCUCCUCUGGUCCCCAACAACUUCCAGCCUUUCGCAUACCCGAAUCUGCCAGAAAAAUCAGUGAAUCUGCCGCCGAUGCAACCAUUUCUUCCUCCUGCUGCGUUCUCGUACAAUAUCCCUCCUCCGGACGAUUUACUGCCGAGUUACGACUCUGCCAUCAAACCUACCAACUUACCUCAGAAUUUCCCUUCUAAUCACCCUCAAGAUCUUCCCAGUCCAUACAGAGGUGACAAUUCUCAGGACUUUUCACCAAUGAAUCAGCCAGGACCUGCAAUGCCUCAACCUCCCCAUCAGAACAAUCUACCUAAUGUGCCAAAUAACCUACAUACAACAGACCGGAACAAGCAGAGCAACCAGGUCCCCAAACUGUUGCCAAGAGCCAAGCAGUCUCCUUCUGACAAUCUGCUGGAGCUUCUGUCAGUCCCAAGUGACAUAAUUAAUGUAUUAUGUAAGUGUAAACUUCCUCCACAGCAACCAGGUCCCCAAGUUGUUGCCAAGAGCCAAGCAAGCAACCAGGUCCCCAAACUGUUGCCAAGAGCCAAGCAGUCUCCUUCUGACAAUCUGCUGGAGCUUCUCAACCAGGUCCUCAAGUUGUUGCCAAGAGCCAAGCAGUCUCCUUCUGACAAUCUGCUGGAGCUGCUGUCAGUCCCAAAGCAACCAGGUCCCCAAGCUGUCUCCUUUGGACAAUCUACCGGAGCUGCCAUCAGUCCCAAGUUGCAUAAUCAAGGUGUUAAUAGCAACCAGGUUCCCAAGCCGUUGCCAAGAGCCAAGCUGUCUCCUUCGGACAAUCUGCCAGAGCUGCCAUCCGUCCCAAGUGACAUAAUUGCCGGUGGCUCGUCUCACCACGAGACAUCUGAUGACAUCGAUUUUGAUGAUCUCGCUCGCAGAUUUGAGGAGCUCAAGAAACGCCAGUGAGCUGCGAGAUAUUGCAUCUUUUGUACAUUGUUAUAUAUUUGAAGUCCUGUAAAAUGUCAAAGGAUUCAGUAUUCAAUAUAAUGCAUUCAGUAGAAUGCUUAAAUGCUUUUAUGUAAGUUUCUAUUUACGUUUAAUUACAGAAUCAGCAUAUAACUACUGUUAUAAUAUAUUUAUAUAUGGUGUUCAUACACUAUUCAGUUUUUAUUACACAUUUCAGUAGGUUAAAGUAGGGGGGGGGGGAAUUCAUAUCAAAUGCCAGCUGACCAUGCACGUGUGGUACUGACGGCCUCGAUUGGGGCCGUUGUGAAACACUAAAAAUAAUUCUUCAACAUUUUUAGCCACUUUAAAUCCUCAUUGUGCCUCACUUAAUCUGCAGCGAAUACGUUAACAAAAAAAAUAGAUGAAUAAGGCGUAGUAUUGACAAAAAGAUGAAAUGAUUGUUUUCUCUACAUAAUAAGGAAAAUAACUGCUUGUAAUAGUGUCAACUGCUGUUGAUAGAUUGCGUAGAAAUGCUACUACAAGUAGUUUCACAUGCAACCACUGCAGCACAGCAAGCUCGCUGAUCUAAACUCUCACAAGGACAUUUUAGGGCUACAAAACACUUUGUUUUUUAAGAUAUUCGUCUUACUCAGGGUUUUUGUAUAGUUUGGGAGUUAAAAUUUUUGAUUCAUUUUGAUUUAGAAACUCUUUUUUAAGCUACAUUUUCAUACGACAAAUUUAAUUAAUUAUCAAAAGCUAGGUUUCAUUUUAUGAUUAUAAAUCAAUUUACUGUUUACAAAACAGCAUACUGUAUUUUAUUAUGUUUUACUCAUUUCUACUUAGCCAUGUUCUGAAUUUGGGAUAAAAUAAUUUACUAUAGACACAAUUAUAUAAUAAUAACUCAAGGGGGAUUGUAUGAAAAUUUGUUUGCAAAACACAUUAUUUGCUAUUUUUAUUUAAUUUCCUUGUAAAAUAUAUAUUGCAGAAUUUAUCAGAUUGAAUGAGUUUUAUCUCAUAUCAAAUCUAACUCUUGUUAUAUAACUGACUGUUGUGAAUACUAAUGUAAAUGUAGUUACAAAUAAUUAUGUUUCUAUUGUAUUUAUUUUAUAGUGGGAUAGGAAAAAGUCCUGGAAGUUCUCAAUACUUUGCGAUUGUUCACCAAUUUUUUUUCGUCCUUCCAUCUGUAGGAACAAACUUACAAGUAUGCUCAAUAAUGGGGGGGGGGGAUGAAUGUAAUUUGUAAUUCAGUUUUUAUAAUUUUUGUUAUAAUUUGUCCAUUUUAAUGAACAACCUUGUUUAUUGUAUAGAGUUUUCUUAUGGUACGGAAAUGUGUUGCAAAAUCCAUGUUAUUACAUUGUGAUAAAGCGUAAAUAAAGUUUAUUUUCUAAUCAA